UCUUGUAAUUACAGUUUAUAGCCGGCCAAGGCUCACUAGGAGAGGGCAAACCCAAGAGGAAAUAAGUUUCCUGAACCUUUGAGCGAUGGCUGUGCAUUAAUUAAAGGCUAGAAUGGGACGGGUAAUUCUCAGACAUGCUGCAAGUUGUUCUUGAGAUCAGAGUUCACAUCACGUUUUUCUUUGGAGGGAGUGAGUAGAUAAUUGGGAUUAUUAUUAUUAUUUUUCUUCUUCUUCUAUUUCUUUGAUCCUUCUUCUUCGUCUUGGUCUCAUGGCCUUGAACCCGCAGUGAAUUGAAGAGAGAAAGAAAUGGAUAUGUCUGACCCCAAUUUUUGGACUGUGCUCUCAAACUUUACGCUGCCUCACUUGAGGAGUGGAAACAGGCUUCGGCGAACACAAAGUUGCCGAACAAGUAACCGGAAAAGCUUGAUAGGCAAUGGCCAGUCACCAGCAUUGCCUCGACCACACUCACCUCUCUCUGCUCAUGCAGGAAAUAGCCCUCAAGAUAGCCCAAGAAAUUUCUCCCCCAGUGCCUCAGCCCAUUUUUCAUUUGCACGGAGGACUGAUGGACGCCGCUGGUCGUUGGCUUCCCUACCCUCCUCUGGUUAUGGGACAAACACACCCAGCUCUACUGUCUCUUCAUCCUGUUCUUCUCAGGAGAAGUUGCAUCAGUUGCCAUACCAACCAACACCAGAUGAAUUACACUUCUUGUCAAAACAUUUUUGUACCACAGAAAGCAUUGCCACUGAGAACAGAUGCAGAAACACGCCGAUGCGUCCCCGUUCCCGAAGUCUCAGCCCUGGACGUUCCCCUGCCUGCUGUGACCAUGAAAUAAUUAUGAUGAACCAUGUCUACAAAGAAAGGUUCCCAAAGGCUACUGCUCAAAUGGAAGAGCGUCUGAAGGAAAUUAUCACUAGCUACUCCCCUGACAACGUUCUUCCCUUAGCAGAUGGAGUGCUUAGCUUCACUCACCAUCAGAUUAUUGAACUGGCUCGAGAUUGUUUGGAUAAAUCUCACCAGGGUCUUAUCACCUCACGGUACUUCCUUGAAUUGCAGCACAAAUUAGACAAGUUGCUACAGGAGGCCCACGAUCGCUCUGAAAGCGGAGAAUUGGCAUUUAUUAAACAGCUAGUCCGAAAGAUCCUAAUUGUUAUUGCCCGCCCUGCUCGUUUAUUGGAGUGCCUGGAAUUUGAUCCUGAAGAAUUUUACUACCUAUUGGAAGCAGCAGAAGGCCAUGCAAAAGAAGGUCAGGGCAUCAAAACUGACAUUCCCAGGUACAUCAUCAGUCAGCUGGGGCUCAAUAAGGACCCUUUGGAAGAAAUGGCUCAGUUGGGAAACUAUGAUAGUGGUACAGCAGAAACACCAGAGACGGAUGAAUCAGUGAGUAGUUCGAAUACUUCCCUGAAACUUCGAAGGAAACCUCGAGAAAGUGAUUUUGAAACAAUUAAAUUGAUUAGCAAUGGAGCCUAUGGGGCAGUCUACUUUGUCCGGCAUAAGGAAUCUCGGCAGAGAUUUGCCAUGAAGAAGAUUAAUAAACAGAACCUCAUCCUUCGAAACCAGAUCCAGCAGGCCUUUGUGGAACGAGACAUCCUGACUUUUGCAGAAAACCCCUUUGUGGUCAGCAUGUAUUGCUCCUUUGAAACAAGGCGCCAUUUGUGCAUGGUCAUGGAAUACGUAGAAGGGGGAGACUGUGCUACUUUAAUGAAAAACAUGGGUCCUCUUCCAGUUGAUAUGGCCAGGAUGUACUUUGCUGAGACAGUCUUGGCCUUGGAAUAUCUGCAUAACUAUGGAAUUGUACAUAGGGAUUUGAAACCAGACAACUUGUUGGUUACCUCCAUGGGGCACAUCAAGCUGACAGAUUUUGGCUUGUCUAAGGUGGGACUGAUGAGCAUGACUACCAAUCUUUAUGAGGGUCAUAUUGAGAAGGAUGCGCGAGAGUUCCUGGAUAAACAGGUUUGUGGCACACCUGAAUAUAUUGCUCCAGAAGUAAUCCUGAGACAAGGCUAUGGGAAGCCAGUGGACUGGUGGGCCAUGGGAAUUAUUCUCUAUGAAUUUCUAGUUGGAUGCGUACCAUUCUUUGGGGACACCCCCGAAGAGCUAUUUGGACAAGUCAUCAGUGAUGAAAUCAAUUGGCCUGAAAAGGAUGAGGCCCCACCACCGGAUGCCCAGGAUCUGAUUACUUUGCUGCUCAGGCAGAAUCCCCUGGAGAGGCUGGGAACAGGUGGAGCUUAUGAAGUCAAGCAGCAUCGCUUCUUCCGCUCUUUAGACUGGAACAGUUUGCUGAGACAGAAGGCAGAAUUCAUUCCCCAACUGGAAUCCGAGGAUGACACGAGUUAUUUUGAUACUCGAUCAGAGAAAUACCAUCACAUGGAAACGGAGGAAGAAGAUGACACAAAUGAUGAAGAUUUCACCGUGGAAAUACGGCAGUUCUCCUCCUGUUCACACAGGUUCUCAAAAGUUUUCAGCAGUAUAGAUCGAAUAACUCAGAAUUCAGGAGAAGAGAAAGACGACUCUGGGGACAAAGCCAAAAGCACACCUUUGCCAUCCACGGAAACAUUAAGCUGGAGUUCGGAGUAUUCUGAAGUGCAACAGUUAUCAGCCUCCAACUCUUCAGAUACUGAUAGCAGCAGACAUAAACUCAGCUCCGGCCUACUUCCCAAACUGGCUAUUUCAACAGAGGGAGAGCAAGAUCAAGCCACCCCCUGCCUUGGAGACCCCCGUGAGGAGCCUGAAAAGCCAGUUCUUCCUCCCGAAGAAUGUGCCCAAGAGGAGGCUGAGGUCACCACCCCAGCCAGCACUAUCAGCAGCUCCACCCUGUCAGUUGGCAGUUUUUCAGAGCACUUGGAUCAGAUAAAUGGACGGAGCGAGUGUGUGGACAGUACAGAUAAUUCCUCCAAGCCCUCCAGUGAAUCCGCUUCUCACAUGGCUCGACAGCGAUUAGAAAGCACAGAGAGAAAGAAAAUCUCGGGGAAAGUCACAAAGUCCCUUUCUGCCAGUGCUCUGUCCCUCAUGAUCCCAGGAGAUAUGUUUGCUGUUUCUCCUCUGGGCAGUCCAAUGUCUCCCCACUCCUUGUCCUCGGACCCCUCAUCUUCGAGAGAUUCCUCGCCCAGCCGAGAUUCUUCAGCAGCUUCUGCAAGUCCCCAUCAGCCCAUUGUGAUCCACAGUUCAGGGAAGAACUACGGGUUCGCCAUCAGAGCCAUCCGGGUGUACGUGGGAGACAGCGACAUCUACACAGUGCACCACAUCGUUUGGAAUGUAGAAGAAGGAAGUCCAGCAUGCCAGGCAGGACUGAAGGCUGGGGAUCUGAUCACGCACAUCAACGGAGAGCCCGUGCAUGGACUUGUCCACACGGAAGUUAUAGAGCUCCUAUUAAAGAGCGGAAAUAAGGUGUCAAUCACCACGACCCCAUUUGAAAACACAUCAAUCAAAACAGGACCAGCCAGAAGAAACAGCUAUAAGAGCCGGAUGGUGAGGCGGAGCAAGAAGUCUAAGAAGAAGGAAAGUCUAGAGAGGAGGAGAUCUCUUUUCAAAAAGCUAGCCAAGCAGCCCUCGCCCUUGCUCCACACCAGCCGCAGUUUCUCCUGCUUGAACCGGUCUCUGUCAUCAGGAGAGAGUCUCCCGGGCUCCCCGACACACAGCCUGUCCCCUCGCUCUCCUACCCCUAGCUAUCGCUCCACCCCUGACUUCCCAUCCGGUACGAAUUCCUCCCAGAGCAGCUCCCCAAGUUCUAGCGCUCCCAACUCCCCAGCAGGGUCUGGGCACAUCCGCCCAAGCACUCUCCACGGCCUGGCCCCCAAACUCAGUGGACAGCGGUACCGCUCUGGAAGACGGAAGUCGGCUGGCAGCAUCCCAUUGUCCCCACUGGCCAGGACACCCUCUCCCACCCCCCAGCCCACCUCCCCUCAGCGCUCACCAUCCCCUCUGCUGGGACAUUCACUGGGCAAUGCCAAGAUGGCACAAGCCUUUCCUGGCAAGAUGCACUCUCCUCCCACCAUCGUCAGGCACAUCGUGAGGCCCAAGAGUGCCGAGCCCCCACGCUCCCCGCUGCUCAAGCGGGUGCAGUCUGAGGAGAAACUCUCCCCUUCCUACAGCAGUGACAAGAAGCACCUGUGCUCCCGCAAGCACAGCCUAGAGGUGACCCAGGAGGAAGUGCAGCGGGAACAGUCCCAGCGGGAGAUGACCCUACAGAGCCUGGAGGAAAACGUGUGUGAUGCCCCGUCGCUCAGCCGUGCCCGGCCUGUGGAACAGGGCUGCCUGAAACGCCCCGUGUCCCGGAAGUUGGGCCGGCAGGAAUCUGUGGAUGACCUAGACAGGGACAGACUGAAGGCCAAAGUGGUCGUGAAGAAACCAGAUGGCCUCCCAGAGAAACAAGACCCCCAUCAGAAAGCCCCCAGCCUCAACAGUGAUUCAGAAAGUCAUGCUCUCUUCAGGCUAGAGGAGAGAGAGAAGAAAAGCUACCCCAAACCAUUAGAAAGGGCAGGUCAUUUUGAUAACAAAGCAGUGGAGGCUCCUUCUCUGGGCAGCCUGUUAAAAGAUGCUCUUCACAAGCAGGCCAGCGUGCGGGCCAGCGAGGGGGUGACUCUAGAUGGGACAGUGCCUGGCCACAGCCUGGCCCCCGGGGAGCAUGGUCACGGUACAGGUGACUUUAAACGGGCCUGCACCCCUACCACGCUCCAGGACGGGCUUUGUCACUCCCCUGAGAGGCCCGCCCCUGGGAAAGGGGAGAGCACAGAGAAGACCUCCCAGGCCAAGGAAUUCAUUCGAAAUGACAAGCUAGACGGCAAGCUGGCCAAUAUUGAUUACCUCCGAAAGAAAAUGUCCCUCGACGACAAAGACGAUAACCACUGCUCCAUGCUCAAGCCAAAGAUGACAUCCAAUACCCACGAAUGCCCGGCGGGAAAUCCAGCCCGGCCUGCAAAUGGACAUCAGGAGCCCGAGAGCCGGGCAUAUGUCAGCAGUGCCCAUGUGGCUUCGAUGAGUGGUGUCUCCUUUGUUCCCCUCAAAGCCUUAGCUGGCCGGGGGGAUGGUGGAGCAGAGAAGCCAGGCUUGGCUGCCCCCGAGUCGCCGGUCAGGAAGAGCCCCUCUGAGUAUAAGUUGGAAGGAAGGUCAGUUUCGUGCCUGAAGCCCAUCGAGGGCACACUGGACAUUGCUCUCCUAUCUGGACCUCAUGCUUCUAAGACACAGCUGCCUUCCCCAGAGCCUGCGCAGAGCCCCAGCCCAGGUGACGACAUGAAGCCCUCUGUGCUGCUGGCCCUCGCUAGCAGCAGUGGCAAAAAGGGUGACCCUGCCAGCUUAAAGAUGAACAAGUCCUACCUGCUAGACCCUCGGUUCCUCCCCCCUGCCCGGGGUCUCCAGAACUCACCAGCAGCUCCCUUGCCAGACUCAGACUUAAAACAAACCAGGAAAGUUGCCCAUGCUGCUGCCAGAAGCUCGGUGACAGUUGUGGAGAGUCAGCCCCAGCAGCGAGAGGGGAGUCCCAAACACCAGGACCGGUCCACAGACAUCAAGGUCAUGGCUAGCCCAGGGCAGACCCUGCAAAGCACUGACCCGGCCAGGCCAGGCGUCCCCCUCCCACCCAAAGAGGUCCUCCCAAGAGAGAAGCCAAGCCUGAAAGAGCGGUCUGAAAGGGGGCCAUCCACAGCCCGGAGUGAGCGUGCUAUCAUGAGGGCAGAGGUGCACCGAGAACCCUCGGUGGAGUUGUAUCCUCCAGAGACAGCUAAAGCCAGUGACAAUUCCAAAAAUCUGCCUUCGGGGGGAAGGACCCGCCCAGAUGUCCACCUGCAGACUCAGGCCAUAGAGAAAGCAUGGGGGCCUUGUGCAAAAACAAACUUGAAAGAUGAGGGGAGGGCCCUGGCCAGAGAGGACCCCUCACCCUCAGCUGGGAGCCACUGUGAAAAAGAGGCGAGCAAGGGGAGACACAGCCUGAACCCCAAGCCUGAAGUCCCUCCUGCCCGCUGUGCUCCGGAGCCUCCAGGAACUGAAAAGCUCCCUGCGUUCAUUCCUUUGCAGAAACAGAGUCCCAAGGAGCUAGAGAGGAAGGAACAGCCUCUUCAAAGGGUGAUCAGUAGUGGCCCUCAACUUGUCCUGACCACCAAAGAGCUGCCCAGCCCGGCCGCGUGGCAGCACUGCAAUAGUCCAGUCCCUGCUUCCGCCAGGGAACCUGGAACCAAGCCCACUCCUGUAGAACCCGGUCCCUGCCUCCAGGACUCCUCCAGGCCUGCUGCUCUGCACACUGACAGCAGCAGCCACAAGCCCCGGCCUGGCCUUGACCCCAGCGCCCCCAAGCCCAAGCACCCAGACAGGCCCCUUUCAUCCCAGAAGCCAAGCAUUGGGGCUACAAAGGGCAAAGAGCCUGCCACACAACCCCUGGGUGGCUCCAGCAGAGAGGAGAAAAGCACUAGCAAGUGUGUGGAUGUGUUUCUUGUUGUCCCAGCCACCCAGAGCAAAGCCAGUGAUGCGGUGGGCCAUGGAAAAGGGGGUCCUUCCAGCCCACUGCACGCUGAAGAGGGUCCUCCUGAGGCCAAGCUGAAAGCCACCAUUGGUGGACGGCCACUGGAUACACAAGAGAAGCCAGUGCAUUUGCCAAUGCAAGGACACCUAGAGUUCGGCGAGGCCGUAGACCAGAAACUUCCCGCUGCCAGUGAAAAGCAAAGCUUGUCUCCAAAGCACCCCAAACCAUCCACUGUGAAAGACUGCCCUCCUCUGUGCAGACAGACAGAAAGAAGCCCCAAUCAGCAGGUCACCCCCACAGAUAGGAAGCCAGAAGGCAAGAAAUGCACAGAAGCACUUUAUGUUCCAGCAGCUGACAACAAGCUCGAAGCCAGCCUUUCCCACGGGCACGGUGACACACGGGCUAAAGGCUCAGAGAGGCCAGUCAUGGGCAUGGGGAAGGGCUUCCCAGAGGCCAAGGGGAAAACGCCUGCUUCUCAGAAGCCACCGGCUGAGGCUAGUAAGUCUAGUAGCAUGAAACGCUCAACUUCGGUCACUGGACAAAGUAGCCUCCGCCCCGCCACCCUCCCAGAGAAGACUCUGAGCUUCUCCUCCAGUUUCCCUGAGAACCGGCCAGGCACGUCAGAAUCCACCACACUCAGCACUGACCCCUCUCCUGCCAAGACCAAAGGGGUCACUCCUGAGACCGCAGGCCCUAGCCACAGAGACCACCGGAAGUCUCAGUCUGAGGAGGACGGAAAAACCCAGAUGACCAAGAGUGACUCUUUGCCAACUUUCCGCCUCUCUGGCACUGCCCAAGAGUCUCACCACGCUGACCCACAUGUGCCAGGUGGACCUGGCCAUCGGCACAGGGCACUGUCAGUAACUGCCACCAUGGGAGAAGCCAAAGGGAGAGAGCCUGCCUCUGCCCAGCCUCCCCUGGCCAGGAAACAGAACACAGGCAGGGAGGUGACCAAGGCGCCCCCAGCCCCCAGCUCAGACCGCCCUCUCACCCUUUCCUCUGAGAAGGACUUUGUAGUGCGGCAGAGGCGAGGCAAAGAGAGUUUGCGUAGCAGCCCUCACAAAAAAGCCUCCUAACAGGACAGGGCUCUGGGGACCCAGCCCGAACCUGGAAUUGAGUCUUGACCACCAAUGAAAACCAGCACUGUGUGGGGAUGUCCGCCAGGCAGAGCUUGGAGCCUCACGAAGCGGGAAGUGGAGGAUAGAGACAGAAAGAGGAAACCUCCUUCCAGAUGCCUUCCCAGGAGUAACCGGCGAAGCUUACCAGCUAGUGUUUGUAAGAAGCGAGAUAGUAUCCAGCACAGGUUGGUGAGGAGAGAGAGAUUGUCUCUGUAAAUACCUAGCGAUGUGUUUGGUUUGGGAUGUAGAGUCUAUACCUUGCUGCUGUAAUCGCAUCAUCGCCUACAACUUUUCUGAAUUAAGAUCUUUACCGCUAUCAUGUCGUAGUAAUGAAGUAUAAUGGUCAAAACUGGGUGUGUGUAAAACUAUAGAGACAUCCAUAUUCAUACAUGUACACAUUCACCUACAUGUUUUGGUCUGUGGUUUAAGACUAUUUCAAGGCUGUUUUUAUAAGUAGAGUUCAAGAUGAAAGAAAACCCUAAACACAGUAGAUUGUGAGUUUUUCAUGUGUAUUUUAAAGCAGAGUUUCUGAUAGUACUGUAUCUGGCUACCUAUUUCCAGAUCUAAAGCAAGAACUGCUCUGACUGCUGUAUUUGCAUUCCUCCAUUAAAAAUGGCCAGGGCAAAUGGAGCUAGCCAUUUACUUCACAGUCACCAUAGUGGGUAUUCUGGUCUUUGGGGCCAACUGUCCAAAGGGUCAGUUGUCUUUGUCUCUGAAUUCCAUGUUUGGUCUUCACAUGAGGACGAGCAGGGACUAAACACACAUCAGCUUUAUUUCUGUUCUUUCUUUCUCUUCUUUUCAAGCUCUUACACUCAGGCCUCUCUGCUGUGAGUGGCAAGUCCAACCACGUUUUGUGGUUCUGCACUAGCCCUGUUCUGGAAUAAAAAUUGCUGGCUGCACACAACUCUGCUAGUACUUAGGUCAAGUGAUAUAAGCAUCAGGCAUUGGAAGAGGUUUUAAAUUUGCUUUUUUUUUUUUUGAGGAAAAGAAAUGGGGGGAGGUGGAUUUGGGCAUCAUAGCAUAUAUACUAAAGAAUAAUCAGGACAUCAGAUACAUUUUAAACAUAGCUGGGGCCUUAUGUUGUAGGUGAAACCUGCUGUUUUGAGCAAGUUUCCUGGGUUUCACAUUCGUUUCUGAUGCAUCGAGUAGCUCCAUACAGUUCAUAACACGAUCUCUUUAUUUGUAUGCAAAGAAAAAAAUUCUGUACUAAUAAAGAGCAGCAUUUUUGUAACAAAGACUUAAUGGAGCUAUUUGGUGCUUGAAUGUGACCAUCCUUUUUUACUUUUUGCUAAGCCUUAUUUAAAUUUUGUAUACCAUGAAAUGUGUAGAAUUUGUCAAACCAUUUUUAGUGCUGAGGGGUUUUUGAUUUUUUUGUUGUUGUUGUCGUUGCAGUUUGGGGGGUGGCUUGUUUUGAAUUGUAAGAUGGCACUUGCUGACAUAAGUACUAAGGCACUAAGAGACAAUGCAGAUAAGUAUUUAUUAGAUGUUUGGGAUCCUGGACAGGACUUUGGUUUUAUAAGAGGAAAAAAAUGACCAAUAAAUAACCAAUCUAGCACCAACUCCCCUCUCCCCUUGGUGAUGUCUUAGUAUCUUUGUGCUAUAAAGUUGUUUAUGUAAGCACAGCAUCAUCGUACAGCCCUGUGGAUUAUAAAUCGUUUGGCAAGGCUGUAAAGACAUUACUGACUUUGCAGUUGUCCUUCCUUGUAAAGUAAGUUGGCAAUGGCAAAAAAAAAUAAUAAUAAUAAAGAAAAA